AUGCCAGUCGCCGUUACUCCUCCUCGUACUCUCUACGACAAAAUCUGGGACGAUCAUGUUGUCGAUGUCAACGAGGACGGUUUAGCGCUUGUAUAUAUCGACCGUCACCUCGUACAUGAAGUUACAAGUCCGCAAGCAUUUGAGGGACUCCGCACCGCUGGUCGCCCCGUUCGUAGGCCUGAUUGCACUCUAGCGACUGUGGACCACAACGUCCCAACUGUAUCCCGUAAAAAUUUCAAGUCCGUCGAGACUUUCAUCUCUGAGCCAGACUCCCGUGCGCAGUGCGCUGCUUUGGAAGACAAUGUGAAAGAAUUCGGAUUAACAUAUUUCGGAAUGAAAGACCGAAGACAAGGUAUUGUUCAUGUUAUUGGUCCUGAGCAAGGUUUUACACUCCCUGGAAUCACUUGCGUCUGCGGUGACUCACAUACUUCAACACAUGGCGCCUUUGGAUCACUCGCAUUCGGUAUCGGUACAUCAGAGGUCGAGCAUGUCCUCGCUACGCAGACACUCCUGCAGAAAAAGGGCAAAAACAUGCGAAUUACUGUCGACGGGGAGCUUCAUGAAGGCGUUACGUCCAAGGACGUGAUUCUUCACAUUAUUGGCGUUAUUGGUACAGCUGGAGGUACUGGUUGUGUCAUUGAAUAUGCCGGCUCAGUUUUCCGAGGCUUCAGCAUGGAGGCUCGAAUGAGCGUUUGCAACAUGAGCAUUGAGGCUGGUGCUCGCGCCGGCAUGGUUGCUCCCGACGAGGUGACUUUCAAAUACCUUCAAGGUCGCCCCCUCGCUCCCAAGGGUGAAGAAUGGGACCGGGCAGUUGCCUACUGGAAAACUCUGAAAACUGACGAGGGCGCCAAAUUCGACAUCGAAGUCAACAUCCCUGCUUCUGAGAUCAUCCCUACCGUCACUUGGGGAACUUCACCUCAAGAUGUAGUCCCUAUCACUGGCCGUGUUCCAGACCCAUCAACCAUGUCCGAUCCUGUUAAGCGUGCUUCAGCUCAACGCUCGUUGGCCUACAUGGGUCUCGAACCCAAUACGCCAAUGGAAGAGAUCACAAUCGACAAAGUCUUCAUUGGAUCAUGCACCAACAGUCGCAUUGAAGAUCUCCGUUCAGCAGUGAAAGUCAUUCUGGCCGCUGGUCCUGAUGCAAAAGUUGCACCCAACGUCCACGCAAUGGUUGUUCCAGGCUCCGGUCUCAUCAAGCAACACGCCGAGGCUGAGGGAUUGGACGUCAUUUUCAAGAGGGCUGGCUUCGACUGGCGCGAGGCUGGAUGCUCUAUGUGCCUGGGUAUGAACCCUGAUCAGUUGGCUCCUGGAGAACGCUGUGCAAGCACCAGCAAUCGAAAUUUCGAAGGUCGCCAGGGUGCCGGAGGCCGAACACAUCUCCUCAGUCCUGCAAUGGCUGCCGCCGCCGCUAUCACUGGGAAACUGACCGACGUCCGAAAGUUUAUUGGAAAGGUUGCCGAAGCUCACAUUGCUGCUGCACCACCACUGAAGACCGUCAGCGAAUUUAACUUCAUGGACGAUGCAACCGCUUCGCCUACACCUGAAGCAUCCACGGAUUCAUCCUCCUCGUCAUUACCAUCUGCUUCCUCACCAUCUUCCGUUGAAAAGUUUGUGGUCGUGAAGGGUAUUGCUGCGCCCUUGCACAUUGAAAAUGUCGAUACCGAUAUGAUUAUUCCCAAACAAUUCUUGAAAACUCUGAAAAGGACUGGGUUGGCCGACGCCCUGUUUUACACACUCCGCAGGGAUCCCCAUACUGGCAAAGAAACCGAUUUCAUUCUCAACCGUGCCCCUUACAACAAAGCGAAGAUUCUAGUUUGCACUGGUCACAAUUUCGGUUGUGGUAGUUCUCGUGAGCACGCGCCAUGGAGUUUGAAUGACUUUGGAAUUCGAUGCGUCAUCGCUCCUAGCUUUGCUGAUAUCUUCCGCAACAACUCAAUGCAGAAUGGAAUGUUGCCAGUCACGAUUCCUCAGGAGCAGUGCAUCGAAUUGGCCAAAGACGCUGAAGCCGGUCUUGAUCUAGAAGUUGAUCUAGAAAAGGAGGAGAUUCGACGAGUCAACGGCCAGCCACCGAUCCCCUUUACUACUGAUGCGUUCCGCAGACAUUGCUUGCUGAAUGGCCUGGAUGAUAUUGCUUUGACAAUGCAGCGAGGGGAAGCGAUCAGCCAGUUUGAACAGAGGAGAACUGAAAUGUGGCCCUGGCUGAAUGGAUUCGGCUACGCAGACAAGAAGAUUCCAGUCGGGCCAGUGAGAAAAACAAAAAAGACAGAGUGGUGA